AUGACUUCUUCAUCUCUUUUUCCAAAGUUGAAAGACGCUCAUCGACGUUCUUCUGUCAUUGGCCAGGACUACCUGCCAGUCAGCAGUCUGUACGAUCUCAUCACCAAGGAGACCGUCGAAAAGGAGCUCCCUAGAAGCCUCAUCAAUAGGAUGCUCCCUGAUAGCCUCCCAAGCAAAAUCUUGAAGAACGCAAGACGGCUAUUUGCAACCCUUGUGAUGAUCGGAGAGCCUUCCGCAAUUCGAAAGCUGGUCGGCGAUGGUCUUACCGAUGACGAUUUGCCGUUUGCUAGGCCAACUCAUGACCAUCACGGUGGUAUUUUGGAGACAAAGGGGAGACUGGAAGUCAGGUCAUUUCAAGACUGGAACAACGAGGCUAAGGUGGAUAUGUUUCUGGAAAAGCAAUGGGACUUUCUUGCCCCAACAUUGGAUGUCUCGGGGACAUCUGCGGUCUUUCAAGUGGAUUCAAAAUGCCCGCUGCCAUUCUUGAGGGCAGCCCCACUUCGGGGUGAACACAGCAAUAUUGUCUACAAGAGCGAGCUACAUGCAGCUCACCAAACCGGUUCUGAGGCGCAAAAUACGGACAUGGUAAUCGCACUUAAGGUAUUUCACAGGUCUGAAGGGUUUGAAUUAUUUGAGAAGGAAAAGGAGAACCUCCUGAAGACUCGCGGUAUCGAAGACAGACAUCUCAUUCGGCACUUGUUCUUCUGCGAGAGAGGUCAGUCUUACUUCAUAGCCUUCCCAUGGGCAGAAGGGGGGAAUCUCCAGGAGUUCUGGAUGCUACAUACGUCAAAUCGGGAGUACAUGCUGUGGUCUCUGCAACAGAUGCUUGGACUCAGUGGUGCUCUCCGGAAGCUCCACGACAUCAAUUUCCGUCAUGGAGACCUCAAGCCCGGGAACAUCCUUCACUUCCCACACGGCGGGCUAGGUAAUCUUGUUGUUGCAGAUGUCGGGAUUUCGAAGGUCCACACAGCUGCUACAUAUGAGAGAUCCAUAAGCACCUUCACCAGAGCGACUACACCUUCAUACGAAGCACCAGAAGCCACUCAGAAGACAAAUAAGCCUAGACCUCGCAGAUACGAUAUUUGGUCAAUGGCAUGCAUUUAUCUCGAAUUUGUUAUCUGGAUGAUUCACGGGUUCAGUGCCAUCAAUAGCUUUGCCGAAUUCAGGGAGGACAGGACGUCCAUUAUCCCAACUUCAAACUUUUACGCGCUUCGGGGAGAUAGUGCGGUUAUCCAUCCUUCGGUACUUGAGGCGUUUGUAGCUCUGCGAGGCGAUCCCCGCUGCGGGGAUGACACAGCGCUAGGCGCCGUCAUCAAUCUAAUCACCCAGCACUUGCUCUUGGUUCAAGUAGACGAUCGCGUUACCGCAGACAUUUUGUACGAGAAGCUCGAACAAAUCGUCCGUCGCGCUACCACAGACCCCUCUUUCAUAAUGAAUCAAGCAACAGCUCCCCAGGAGAAACCAGCUGUAUUCGGGCGGCCGGUUAAGAUUCCCGCAUGGUUGAGAAAAGCCACCAGCUGGGAGCAACAGGAGAUUUAAGCUGGAGGAUAUGUUUUGUUCUCUGUGUUUCACUUUUGACCGAGGUCUUCGGCGGAAAAUUUUGACCUAGGCACGAUUUCUUUUUUUCAAUCUGAUCGGCACUUUUCGGACGUUCGGGACGAUGUGUUCAGUUCACUUUUCAAAUGAGUAAUACUCUCUCGGAGUGGAUGAUUAGGCACCAGCCCGCGAUACAAGUAACAAACAGUGAUCUCUUUCUCUUCACCAAUAUAUUACGGCACACAGUUCGCUCGCAACAUUUCAACGAGGGCUAAGGUAGCACAUGAUAGCCGUCAAGCGCGAGUCGUUCUCAUAGGUACCUAGUCAAAAAAGCUAAUGGAGUCUUGGUUCCAUUGCCUAACUACGAUAGCUACAUGUAUCAAAUAAGCCUUCCUCUGCGUGACAGACUUCUUCCAGAAGAUCUGCCCGCGGUACUAGGAGAU